AUGAACAGCUCCAGCCCAACAUCCGCCCGGCGAGGCUGCAAGCAGGUCACUCUUGAGAGAUAUUUUCGUAGCACCAAUACAUUGGCGGGCACGUCUCUUCCGCGACGUACUAUGGAUGAGCGGUCAACACAUCCUGGUGUCGGCAUCAUCUCCGAACCUGCCAGGUUUUCAGGGGUGUCCAGGGGCAAUGACGGCGCAAUCCAUGUAGAUGUUGGGCACGGUGGACCCGAUUAUGGUGAAUAUCUGUCCGGGGAAGAAGACUCAAUCAACUUAGAUUCCUCGGAGGACGAGCUUGACGCAAAGGAUUCCAUCGUGGAAGACCUGCAUGCCAUGUUAAUGGGGCUGCGAGCAAGCAGAUAUCCUGGGUUGCUUCAAGAUUUUGUUCCACGAUGCUGCUAUCAUCUGCAGGGACGCUGCAGAUUUGGCAUCAACUGCGAUUUUUCACACGAUGACACAAAGAGGGGGCCCUGCCAGUUUGGGGACGGCUGCUGGCUGGGGCAUGGGGACCUCCCAAGCUCCCUUUUGGGUCGCUUGGGGCACACUGCCACAAUGCUGCGUUAG